AAAAACGGUAUCUUUUAAACUCGAUUUUGACCUCGUUUACCUGUGAACUCGGAAAACGUACCAUCACCAUGCACUGCGCCCUGCUCAUCGCCGAAAUCUCGCGGACCAUCUCCGAGCACCAACCAUCCGACCGCGACCGCGACCGUGCCUCGCUUGCACUCACUUGCAAGGUCAUGUCGGAGCCUGUGCUCGAUGCGCUAUGGGCGACUCUACCCUGUGUCGCACCAUUGUUGUUUUGCCUUCCUCCAGGAGCUAUUGUGGAGAAGUUGAAUAAGAAAAAGACGAGAGCAACGUACACACUUCGCCGUGCCCUUCUCCCAUCCGACUGGGAUCGCCUCCUGCUCUACACCCGCCGCGUUGUCACAUUCCACCAUAUUAAUGGCUUUGGCCACACCUUGAACAAUAUUCCUGGUAUCCCAGACGGAAAACGUCCGACUCAUCUGGGGGUCGACGGGACCGUCCUUUGUAUGCUGGGCACGCCUCCGCCGGGAAUCUCCGUCCCCGAGGUCUUCCCUCGCGUGAGGAACGUCUGGUGGGCCGAUGCUCCUUCAGGCUCAGCCCCGUUCUUGAAAGUCCUUCUUGGACCCGCCGUCGAGAACGUGAAUAUUAGAGCAGAUCCGGCGGUCGGAGAAAGUGAGAUGGAUGAACUCGCAGGCGUCGUCGCGACGCUCGGUCAAGCAUGUCCACUUGUGCGGCGGUUUAUCUGGGAAGAACUCCUGCACUCAUCUGCCAGAGACGAUUUCUUGCUCUCACCGGUGAGGAAGGCGCAGAUAGAUGCAUUCUCGUCUGCUGUCAGAGGCUGGGAUCGACUCGAGCACCUCCGAUGCGGUCAGCUCGACGGCAAAGCACUCUCCCACCUCGCGACCUUGCCUGCGCUCCGGCACCUCACAAUCGCCGUCGGUCCGCCGUGGCAAGCGAAGUACAACAAGGAACUCAAGUUGGGUGCACGCCCUUUCCCCGCGCUCGUGAACCUGGAGUUAGAUGCCACCAAUCACACCUUCGACUCGAUCAUCCACUUCUUCUCUCAAUUUUCCCGAAACUGCCGACUGUCCGUCACUAGAUUCCGCGCCACUGCCACUCACGCAUCCGCCAAGUCUGUCCUCGACCUGUGCGAAGCGCUCGAAGCUCGUAUAUUCGUCGACAGUUUACGUGAAGUAGACUUCUUCGAGGAAGAAGCCCCGACGGAUCCGUCCUGGGUGCUCGACGCUGAGCACCUCGAGCCACUCGGCUGCUUCAAGUACCUCGAGAGCCUGGUAGUUGAGACGGGGCGCCGCGUCGACGUUACCAACAGGGCGAUGAUGUGCGCUGGGAUGGCCUGGCCUUUCCUACACACUACCGUGAUUAACAAGGACCGCGGGUGGCGCGUUGAGCAUCCCAGCGUAUCGUUACCGGGUUUACGGGCGCUACUGCUUACAGCUCCGAGACUCACGAACCUUGCGGUGGCGGUCGAGACGACCAGGCCAAUGGGGAUCCUAGAGCAACAGCGUGCCCUGCGCUGGAUCAACGUCGCUCAGCAAGGACCUCGGGAACCUGACAUUGAUCUUCUCGAUUCAAAAAUCGAGAAAAAGGACAUGGGGCGGAUAUCUUUCUUGCUGGCGGUUCUUUUCCCUCAUAUUGGUGGAGAUUUCGAUGCCGGCUCGGAGGAUGGAUACGGAUUCCGGGCGUGGGAUGCCGACGACAAUGGUCAAGAGCCCGAAUUCGGUGGGGUGUCGAAGCCGGAGGCGAAGCGGCAAAGGAAUCGAUGGAGAGUGGUCGCUGGCAUGAUGCUGGAGCAUCAGACGGCCUUGCAAUGGGAAAUAUACGAGAAGGUGAUAAGACGAUAUUUGGCUCAAGGAGGGGCGAACAAGUAA